GCUUGAACACGUAAAUGGGGAUUAUGAGCUUCUGUUCAACGUUUGGCGAUGGUCCUAGCUAAUUGCCAGGCUAUAAAUGACUCCCAUUUCCCACUUACAGGUACCAGUGCUGGACUCACCUGGUCCUUGAGAGGAAGACUUCCUUUUUGGAGUAUCAGAGGGCAGUCAGAACCUACUUAUCCCCAGGGAUUGUCCAGGAGCUGCUGAGGGGCUUUGACUCACUGACUUUGGUGUUUCUGUCCAGAGAUCCCUUCAGGUUGCACACUUGCUGACCAUCUUCACUGGAGGAAAGAUGAGCAAGAAUUCGAAAAAGAACAUUGUCUACAAAAAAGUGUCGCGCGACAAGUCGAUUGCUGCAUAUCUGAGCAAAAGAGAUUUUGUGGAUCAUGGCAGCCAUGUUGAUCCUGUGGAUGGCGUGUUAUUGGUGGACACUGGUUACAUAAAAGAUCAGAAAGUGUAUUGUAGACUGAGCUGCACUUUCCACUAUGGACCUGAGGACAUCGAGAUGAUUGGGCAGGCGUUCAAAAGAGAUCUGUACGUGUCCACAAUCCAGGUGUACCCUCCGACAGGUGGUCAAGUGAAACCCAUCACCAAGACACAGGAGCGCCUGAUGAGGAAGAUUGGAGACAAAGCCUUGCCCUUCUGUUUUGAGUUUCCAAACCAUCUUCCCUGUUCUGUGUGUCUUCAGCCUGGUGCCAAUGACCCAGAAAAGUUCUGUUCCGUGGCUUUUGAGGUUCUGGCUUUCUGUGUGAGCAGUCUGGAGGAAAAGAUUCACAAAAGGAGCUCUGCGCGCCUGGCUAUCCGUAAAAUACAAUAUGCUCCAGAACGGUCAGGGCCACAGCCCAGUGCUCAUAUCAGCAAGCAUUUCCUGAUGUCAGACCAGCCACUCCACUUGACGGCGACUCUCGAUAAAGAGGUUUACUACCAUGGAGAUCCUAUCAGUGUCAGUAUUGAAGUGACCAAUAAUUCUAACAAGGAUGUGAAGAAUGUCAAACUAUCAGUUGAACAAGUGACUAAUGUCGUGUUGUACUCGAAUGAUACUUACACUGAGGAAGUUGCUGCGGAGGAAGCAAACGACCUGAUUGCCUCAGGUUCCAAGUUCACGAAGACCUACACACUCUUGCCAUUAAUGGCCAACAACCGUGACAAGCAUGGUAUUGCCCUCGAUGGUAGAAUCAAGCAGGAGGACACAAACCUGGCUUCUUCCACAAUUUUAAAGGAAGGGACUGACCGGGAAGUUCAGGGGAUGUUGGUGUCCUAUAAAGUGAAAGUCAGUUUAAUGAUCCCUGGUGUCUUGGGUGAUCUGACAGCUAGUGAUGCUACAGUGGAAAUACCUUUCCUGCUCAUGCAUCCAAACCCUGGUUGGUCCUGGGACCUCUGCAGUCUUUCUAGUGUCAGGUUAGAUCCCAGCAGCAGUUUUUAUGAAUCAGCCCUCCCUCCCACCCCAGUCCACAACUCCACUCCGAAAUAG